AUGACUUCCACUUCUGCUAGCAAGUCAUUAGUUGAAACAGAUUGUACGCACCACAAUCCCUUAGUAGAUUUGUCAAGAAGAGUUAUUGAAGGGAGUCUGGAUGACGACUUUGAAAAAACCUGGAAUCAGUUUUUGACCGGGAAUUCAAAGCCUCGAAACCUACACGAUGAGUACCUGAUAAGUGUUACAAUGUCUACCGCAGUUCCCAAAACAACCAAUCUGUACGAAUUGGCUGGUCAGAUGGAUCAGAUGGACUCUACACAAGACCUGGCUGAAUCGUGGGCUGAGGAAUACAUAGCGGAGGAGCAACAAUCCAAGAAUUUAAUUAAACAUUGGGCUGAUAAAGCAGAACAGCAAGCCAGUUAUUUACCAGAGCAGUGGGCAAAGGAGUUUUUUGGUUUAAACUUUCGUGAGCAGGAAGCUGAAUAUAAAAGCGAAACCAAGGAUGGAUCUGAGAUGUGGGCCACUGAAUUUCUUAACGAAUUCGAUCAAAAAUCUCAGAUGAACAAAGGACUUGCAUCUGAGGACACGAUCUUUAUUUCUGCUAUGGGAACUGAAACAAAUGCUAAAACAAUUGCGGAAAGGACACCCUUUGAUGAGAUGUAUGUUUUCGAAAGCAAUAAUCCUUACCUCAGAGAAGCGGAUGCAUUCGAAAAAGGACAACAGGCGCUGAAUGCUGGACUGAUAGUUGAUGCCAUUUUAUAUUUUGAGGCUGCUGUGCAGCAGAAUCAGGAGAAUUUUGAAGGCUGGUUGCUGCUUGGAAAUUGCCAAACUGAGAACGAAAGUGAUAGACAGGCAAUCGCUGCAUACAAAAAAGCUUUGAAUUUACAGCCAGAACAAAAAAAAAUACAACUUGCUCUUGCCACAGUUUACAUUAACGAAUGUAUGGAAUUAGAAGCACUGGAUGUAUUGAAGCAGUGGAUUAUGUCUCAUAUGGAUGGUGAUUCAAAUCCUUUGGAAUUCAGAACUACUCCCAGCAAUCUAAUUGAGGACCUUACCAUUCGGACGCAACAGGUAGAAGAACUAAUCCAAAAAGUGCUUUCAAAUGCGGAAACAACUGAGGAAGCAACAUUUCACAAUGCACUAAGUCUGGUCUACAACAUUAAGGGCGAUUAUAAUCGAGCUGCUAGAGAAGUAAAGUUGGCGCUUAUGUACAAUCCGAAGGACUACGUACUUUGGAACCGUUUGGGGGCAACAUUGGCAAAUGGUAAACGCGCUGCGGAAGCAGUUGCUGCCUAUCGCGAGGCUCUCAAGAUCUGUCCAAACUAUCCACGUGCUCGUUGUAAUCUGGGCAUCGCUUGCAUUCAAUUGCAGAACUACAAAGAAGCAAUCCAACAUUUUAUUACGGCUCUUCAGUUGCAGCAGUCUUGUAGCUCUAUUUCAUCGUCCACAAUUUGGACGCCUUUACGCGCAGCUGUUGUUCGAAGUUGUUUGCCCUAUGCAUUGGAUUUGCUAACAGCUGUCAAUGAGCAAGAUUUGAAGAAGUGUAUUUAUUUUCUGAAUUGA